AAGAAACCCUCCCAAGUUGGAGAAAUUGGGCUCCAUCACAAGGCUUUUGUUGGGCCAACCCCUCCUCCUCCCCUUGGGUGCGCUUUUACGCACGGCUUUCCUCCUCCCGCCCCCUUUCUUUGGGGGCGAGGGAGGAGCCCCGGGCUGGCCCUGCCCUUCCCUUCCCUUCCCUUCCCUUCCCCGGCUGCCCCUCAGAAGGAGAAUGGCCUGGCUGUUGUUGCUGCUCUUCCUCCUCCUCCUCCUCCUCCUCGGGGCGGCUCUGCUCCUCUGCCGGCGGAGAGACCCCUUCUUGGGCUCCGACGUGGCGUUCCUCUUCCGGGCCUGGCGCUGCCAGAGGAGGCUCCUCGCCGGCGACCCCCGCAGCCUCGCCCAGCGCUUCGGACCCCUGGCCUCGGCCCAGCCCCCCGGGAAGGUCUUCCUCGUCUGCGGGGACCAGAGCGUCACCUACGCCCAGGCCGAGGCCAGCAGCAACCGGGCGGCGCGGGCGCUGCGGGGGGCGAGGGGCGCUCCGGGGCCCGGCCAGGCGGUGGCGCUCUGGAUGCGCAACGAGCCCGCCUUCCUCUGGGCCUGGGUCGGCGCCGCCAAGCUCGGAUGGGUCCCCGCCUUCCUCGGCACCGCGCUCCGGAGGGGGGCGCUGCUCCACUGCCUCCGCGCAUGCGCCGCCCGCGCCCUCCUCCUCGGAGAGGACCUCAUUGAAGCGGUGGAGCCCAUCCUUCCUGACCUGGAGGAGAUGGGAGUUGUAGUGUGGGCCUGGGGCAAGGGGCCUUAUCCCCCCGGAGUGACCAGUCUCUACAGUCUGUGGCAAGAAGCCUCCGAGGAGCCCGUGCCUUCCGAACUUUCUGCUCCCAAAAGCUUGAUGGACACGGCGCUCUACAUCUUCACCUCUGGGACGACAGGACUUCCCAAAGCGGCUCGCAUCAGCCACCUGAAGACCAUCCUCUGCUUGGGCUUCUACAGUUUGGUGGGCGCCUCGAGUUCGGACGUGAUCUACGUCUCUCUGCCCCUCUACCACAUGUCCGGGAGCCUCCUGGGGAUCCUCGGCACUUUCGGCAUCGGCGCCACUUGCGUCUUGAAGCCGAAGUUCUCCGCCAGCCAGUUUUGGCCGGACUGCCGCCGCUACGGAGUGACCGUCUUCCAGUACAUCGGGGAACUCUGCCGAUACCUGGUCAACCAACCCCAGAGUCCCAGUGACCGGGAGCACUGCUUGCGCAUGGCUGUGGGGAGUGGGCUGCGGCCGGACAUCUGGCGCCAGUUCCUGCGCCGUUUCGGGCCCGUGCACGUGGUGGAGACCUACGGCAUGACGGAGGGCAGCAUCAGCUUCUUCAACUACACCGGCACCGUGGGCGCCGUCGGCCGCGCGUCUCCACUCUAUAAGAUUUUCAGUGCUUUUGAGCUGAUCCGUUUUGACGUGGUAGAAGGGGCUCCCGUUCGAGACCAGGCCGGGCGCUGCCUUCGGGUGAAACCGGGCGAGCCGGGGCUCCUGGUUGCGCCGGUGACGUCCCAGAAGCCCUUCCUGGGCUACGCCGGGGCCAAAGAGCUCUCCGAGUCCAAGCUUCUGCGCGGGGUCUUUGCCGACGGAGACGUUUACUUCAACACCGGCGAUCUGAUGGUGCAAGACGACCGAGGCUUCGUCAGCUUCUGGGACCGGAUCGGGGACACUUUCCGGUGGAAAGGCGAGAACGUGGCCACCACCGAAGUGGCGGAGAUCAUGUCCGCUUUGGAGAGCCUGCAGGACGUCACCGUCUACGGAGUGUCCCUCCCAGAUUGCGAAGGUCGAGCAGGAAUGGCCGCCAUAGUCCUCAAGACCGGGCGGGAGUUUGACGGAGAGGAAGUCUAUGCGCACGCGGUGGAGCUCCUCCCGCCGUUCGCCCGGCCACGCUUCCUGCGCAUCCAGGACCGUCUGGAGCUGACGGAGACCUUCAAGCAGAAGAAGGUCCGCUUGGCGGCCGAGGGCUUCGACCCGAACCGGAUCUCGGACCCCCUUUACGUCGUGGACGAGGCGGCCAAGACCUACGUGGCCCUGACCCCCCGCCUCUGGGAACGCAUCCUGGCCGGAGACGUGCGCUUGUAAUGCGGGAAACCCAGUUUGUAUCCUCCCCAGAUCCCAGUAUGCAAGAGAUGCAAGUAUGAGAGAACCUCCCCAGUGCAUGCUGGAAGGCCCAGUCCCAUUACAUCCCAGUAUAACAUGCUCUGGACUGAGCAUACUGGGAAAGCAUAGCCGGCUUCUCCAUAAUCCCAGUGGAUGAAAAGAGCAGCGCAUGCUGGGAGAUCCAGUAUAUUUUUCCCUGUAUCCCAGUAUAUGCCAUGCUUUGGAAUGAGCAAACUGGGAGACCCACUGGUUACAGUCAGAUAUCCCACCAUGCACUCCCAGUAUAUUCUCCCCAUAUCCCAGUAUAUGCCAUGCUUUGGAAUGAGCAAACUGGGAGACCCACUGUUUACAGCCAGAUAUCCCACCAUGCACUCCCAGUAUAUUCUCCCCAUAUCCCAGUAUAUGCCAUGCUUUGGAAUGAGCAAACUGGGAGACCCACUGUUUACAGCCAGAUAUCCCACCAUGCACUCCCAGUAUAUUCUCCCCAUAUCCCAGUAUAUGCCAUGCUCUGGAAUGAGCAAACUGGGAGACCCACUGUUUACAGCCAGAUAUCCCACCAUGCACUCCCAGUAUAUUCUCCCCAUAUCCCAGUAUAUGCCAUGCUUUGGAAUGAGCAAACUGGAAGACCCACUGUUUACAGCCAGAUAUCCCACCAUGCACUCCCAGUAUAUUCUCCCCAUAUCCCAGUAUAUGCCAUGCUCUGGAAUGAGCAAACUGGGAGACCCACUGUUUACAGCCAUAUAUCCCAUCAUGCAGUCCCAGUAUAUUCUCCCCAUAUCCCAGUAUAUGCCAUGCUCUGGAAUGAGCAAACUGGGAGACCCACUGUUUACAGCCAGAUAUCCCACCAUGCACUCCCAGUAUAUUCUCCCCAUAUCCCAGUAUAUGCCAUGCUCUGGAAUGAGCAAACUGGGAGACCCACUGUUUACAGCCAUAUAUCCCAUCAUGCAGUCCCAGUAUAUUCUCCCCAUAUCCCAGUAUAUGCCAUGCUCUGGAAUGAGCAAACUGGGAGACCCACUGUUUACAGCCAGAUAUCCCACCAUGCACUCCCAGUAUAUUCUCCCCAUAUCCCAGUAUAUGCCAUGUUCUGGAAUGAGCAAACUGGGAGACCCACUGUUUACAGCCAGAUAUCCCAUCAUGCACUCCCAGUAUAUUCUCCCCAUAUCCCAGUAUGGAGUGCCUUGGAAUAGAUCCAGUAUAUUUUCCUCCAUAUCCCAGUAUAUCCCAUGCUCUGGAACGAGCAAACUGGGAGACCACCGUAUCCCAGUAUGGCAUUCUUGAGGAUGGAAAGAGCAGUACAUCCUGGGAAAUCUAGCAAAUAUUAUUAUUAUUAUUAAUAAUAAUAAUAAUAAUAAUAAUAAUAAUAAUAAUUGCCAUAUCCCAGUAUGCAAUAACUUGGAAUAGAUCCAAUAUAUUCUCCCCAUAUCCCAGUAAAUGCCAUGCUCUGGAAUGAGCAAACUGGGAGACCCAAUGUUUACAGCCCAAUAUCCCAUCAUGCACUCCCAGUAUAUUCUCCCCAUAUCCCAGUAUGCAAUGACCUGGAAUAGCAGUCUCCUUCCCUACAUCCCAGUAUGCCAUGAUCUGGUAUGGCCAUACUGGGAGACCACCGUAUCCCAGUAUGGCACUCUUGAGGAUGGAAAGAGCAGUACAUCCUGGGAAAUCUAGUAAAUAUUAAUAUUAAUAAUAAUAAUAAUAAUUGCCAUAUCCCAGUAUGCAAUGACUUGGAAUAGAUCCAGUAUAUUUUCCCCCAUAUCCCAGUAUAUGCCAUGCUCUGGAACGAGCAAACUGGGAGACCACCGUAUCCCAAUAUGGCAUUCUUGAGGAUGGAAAGAAAUCUAGCAAUUAUUAUUAUUAUUAUUAUUAUUAUUAUUAUUAUUAUUAUUAUUAUUAUUAUUAAUAAUAAUACUUGGCAUAUCCCAGUAUAUGCCAUGCUUUGGAGUUGUUUACAGUCGUAUAUCCCAGUUUGCACCAUUCCGGGAUGGAAGUGGAUACUGGGAGAUCACAAUAUGUCCUUCUCAGAUCCCGGCGUGCCAUGCUUUGGAAUAGACAUGGAUGCUGGGAGAUGCAAUACAUUCCUUUUUUCCCCAUCAUCCCAAAUCCACGUUCUAUACAAACGAAAUCCUUUCUAUAAAGUUUUGCAAAGUCAUGGUUUUGUAUUUUGAGUGACGGGGGGAUUGAAACAUUUUCAAGCCGUGGACGAUGGGACCAAAAACGGAUCUUUUGCAAGGAUUUCCAAAGCAAAUGGAUUUGGAACGGUUGACUGAAACCAGUCAUGAUUGGAUCCCAAUCGACAAGAUUUUCUACAUCUCUUUUAUUGUUGGACUCAAGCCAUUAUUCAGCUGGAAAAACGUGCAAAACUGCCUUUUGUAAUGUCUAUAAACUUUGGGGGGAUUUAUAGUUUUCUCAGAACUAUACGGUCGAAAUGCAUUGCCAGCCGCAGAUUGAAAAACGCUUCCGGAUUUCUGCGAGUCAAACCUAUUGAUCGAUCGCUUCUUGAAAUACAUUUCCAAUAAAAAAUACCCUCUUUUUA